AUGGCCACUCCUUUAAUCGUCGGCAUUGGAGCCAUCACUGCAGCAGUAGCUGUACGACAUGCCAUGAGAACCGGAGCACUGGGACUAGGCAAAAAAGCCGGGCAGGAGCUCGCAAAAGGCGGCUUCAAGGCAAAGAUGGACCGAGCCGAGGCUAUCGAAAUACUUGGGCUCAA